GCGGCCAUUUUGAGCCGGGCCCAUCGGUGGCGCCUUGAUGGGCGGGCGGCGGUGAGCGCUGGGGCCAUGGACGUGCGGCGGCUGCGGGUGAACGAGCUGAAGGAGGAGCUGGGGCGCCGCGGCCUGGACACCCGCGGCCUCAAGGCUGAGCUGGCCGAACGGCUGCAGACGGCGCUGGAGGCGGAGGAGGCCCGGAGGGGGCCCGGAGCUGCCGGUGGGGACCCGCCCCCCGAUGGACACUAUGGCAACGACACCAGUGAGCCCCAGGGCUACCAACCCUACGAGCACAGCAGCCUCAAGCCAGACACCGAGCCCAGCUAUGAGAGGAGAAGUUUGGACCAAGACCACCCCGUCCUGCCUCAAGAGAUGAAGCUGCAGGAACCGAAGCCAGAAGAUCCCCCCGCUUCCUCUUACACUGUCCCCCCCCCCAAUUACAGCACCCCUGCCCCCCCUUACAACAUUCCCCCUCCCCCCACGUACAAUGCCCCCCCCCCCGCCGGUUACGGUGUGCCCCCCACUGGUUACACCCCUCCAACCUACACAGCCCCCCCAGCCAGUUACACCACUCCGGCCCCUGGUUACAGCGCUCCCCCUGCCCCAUACAGCACUCCCCCACCCUACAGCACCCCCCCACCCACCUACAGCACCCCACCAGCCUACAGCACUCCCCCCACCCCCUACAGCACCCCCGGUCCCCCCCCAUACAGCGCUCCCCCAGGGGGUUACAGUGCCCCAGACCCCACGCCCCCCCCUCCGCGUCCCCCCCAGCCCCGCAAGCGGCCCUAUGAGGAGCAGCGGGGGAGGGGUUACUACGAGCACCGAGAGGACAAGAGGGGCCGCUCACCGCAGCCGCCGGCUGAGGACGAGGAGGAGGAUUUCGACGACACGCUGGUGGCUGUUGAUACCUACAACUGUGACCUGCACUUCAAGGUGGCUCGGGACCGGUACAGCGGGUACCCCCUGACCAUCGAGGGGUUCGCCUACCUCUGGGCGGGUGCCCGGGCCACCUAUGGUGCCCGCCAGGGCCGUGUCUGCUAUGAGAUGAAGGUUAACGAGGAAAUCUCUGUCAAGCACCUGCCCUCUACCGAGCCAGACCCCCACGUUGUCCGGGUGGGCUGGUCACUGGAUUCCUGCAGCACCCAGCUGGGGGAGGAGCCGUUCUCCUACGGCUACGGCGGCACCGGUAAGAAGUCGACCAACUGCAAGUUUGAAAAUUACGGGGAGACCUUUGCUGAAAACGACGUCAUUGCCUGCCUGCUGGACUUUGAGUGCGGGGAGGAGGUGGAGAUGUCGUUCCUGAAGAACGGGCGGUGGCUGGGGGUGGCGUUCCGGGUGCGGAAGGAGGCCCUGGGGGGGCGGGCGCUGUUCCCCCACGUCCUGGUGAAGAACUGUGCCAUCGAGUUCAACUUCGGGCAGCGGGACCAGAGCUUCUGCCCCCUGCCCCCUGGCUUCACCCUGCUCCAGCACCUGCCCCUGGCUGAGCGUGUCCGCGGCACCCAGGGGCCCAAGAGCAAGGCUGAGUGUGAGAUCCUGCUCAUGGUGGGCUUGCCGGCCGCUGGCAAGACAACCUGGGCGCUGAAGCACGCAGCUGCGAACCCCUCCAAGAAGUACAACAUCCUGGGGACCAACGCCAUCAUGGACAAGAUGAGGGUGAUGGGGCUGCGGCGGCAGCGGAACUACGCGGGGCGCUGGGACGUGCUGAUCCAGCAGGCCACCCAGUGCCUGAACCGCCUCAUCCAGAUCGCUGCCCGCAAGAAGCGCAACUACAUCCUCGACCAGACCAACGUGUAUGGCUCGGCGCAGCGGCGGAAGAUGCGUCCGUUCGCCGGGUUCCAGCGCAAAGCCAUCGUCAUCUGCCCCAGCGACCGCGACCUGCGCGACCGCACGCUGCAGCGCACCGACCAGGAGGGCAAGGACGUGCCCGACCACGCCGUGCUGGAGAUGAAGGCCAAUUUCACGCUGCCGGAGGCGGGGGAGUUCCUGGACACGGUGCUGUUCGUGGAGCUGCAGCGGGAGGAGGCGGCGGCGCUGGUCCGGCAGUACAACGAGGAGGGGCGCAGCGCCGGGCCCCCCCCUGAGAAACGCUUCGACUCCACCACUCGCCCCCCCCCUCCUUUCCGGGGCCGCGGGGGGUUCCAGCGCUUCGACGGCCGCGGCGGCUCCGCCGGCACCACGGCCCGCGGCGGGGGCGGCUUCCAGAGCCGCGGCGGUGGCUACCACGGCACCAGCACAGGAUUCAACCGUGGUGGGUACAACCCCCCCGGCAAUCGCUGGGGCAGCAACAGCCGCGACGCCGACAACAACCGCGGCGGCUACAACCGAAACGCGCAACCGGCCACCGGCGGCUACAGCCCAGCCCGCGGCAACCCUGGCUACAAACCCACCGCUGGAACCCCGCCCACCAGUACAGCCCCCCCCAGCUACAGCCAGGGGCAGCAGGGCGGCUACGGCCAAGGUGGCUACAACCCCCCCAGUUAUGGCUACGGCGGCUACGGUGGCUACGGGCAGAGCUACCCCCAGCCCCCCCCACCCGCCGGGCAGAGCUAUGGGCAGAGCUACGGGCAGUACCAGCAGUAUGCCCAGCAGUGGAGCCAGUACUACCAGCACCAGAGCCCCUGGCCCCCCUACUACGGCACCUACGACUACGGGGGCUACAGCAGUUCCCAGGGGGGGACCAGUGCCCAGUGACCACCCCUCGCCCCCCCUUCCCCCCGUGUGUGUGUGCCCCCCCCCCGGAACCUUGCGGUUUUUUGUUCUCCGUCUGUUAAAAAAAAAAAGGAAAAGAUUAUUUUUAACCUCGAAAAAGA